UGGGAAAGUUACAAAGCCUACUUGAUAGUAGCAACCAGUAUUCACUGAGUCUUUUCUAGGCUGAAAAAUGAUCAUUUUCUUAAAGGAAUAAGCCACAUCCUGCUUUAAAAGAGUAUGUUGAAGAACAGUCUAAUCCAAUUUUCCACAGAUAUUUUCUCUGACAUUUAUUAAUCAUGUGUGUGAGUUGUACUCUGGAUUUUCCAGCUGUAACAGUUAUCUGGAACCAUGAAUCUUGGAAAAUUAUUAAAUAAGAAAGAAGUGGCUAUGUGCUAAAGUUUACUGACUUCUAAUAUGUUAUAUGAUUCUCUGGUCGUGUGCCUUCUUAGAACUCAGAAAACAGAAAAGCUAUAAAAAUAAAAAAGAUGUGGCCUCCCGCUCUGAGCCUCCGUGUCAGCCGGCGUCGUCCCAGGCCCUCGGAGCCACCAUGUCCACUGCCUCCUCCUCCAGUUCCUCUCAGACCCCUCAUCCCCCGCCGCAGAGGAUGCGGCGCAGCGCCGCGGGCUCCCCGCCCGCCGCCCCCUCCGCCGGCAGCGGGAACGGCGCGGGCGGCGGCGGCGUGGGUUGCGCCCCGGCUGCGGGAGCCGGCCGGCUGCUGCAGCCCAUCCGCGCCACCGUGCCCUACCAGCUCCUGCGGGGCAGCCAGCACAGUCCCACGCGCACACCCGCCGCCGCCGCCGCCGCCUCGCUGGGCAAUCUCCCGGGGCCCGGCGCGGCCCGCGGCCCCAGCCCACCCAGCCCGACGCUGCCGCCGGCCGCGGCCCCGACCGAGCAGGCGCCGCGGGCCAAGGGCCGCCCGAGACGGUCCCCCGAGAACCACCGGAGGAGCAACUCACCUGAGAGACGGAGCCCCGGCUCGCCCGUGUGCAGAGUGGACAGGCCAAAAUCUCAGCAAGUUCGAACCUCUAGUACAAUAAGGCGAACCUCUUCUUUGGAUACGAUAACAGGACCUUAUCUCACAGGACAGUGGCCACGGGAUCCUCAUGUUCAUUACCCUUCAUGCAUGAAAGAUAAAGCUACUCAGACACCUAGCUGUUGGGCAGAAGAGGGAGCAGAAAAAAGGUCACAUCAGCGUUCUGCAUCAUGGGGGAGUGCUGAUCAACUAAAAGAGAUUGCCAAACGGAGGCAGCAACUACAACGUAGUAAACAGAGUAGUCGGCACAGUAAGGAGAAAGAUCCUCAGUCACCUCUUCAUGGCAACCAUAUAACAAUCAAUCACACUCAGGCUGCUGGAUCAAGAUCAGUCCCUAUGCCGCUGUCAAAUAUAGCAGUGCCAAAAUCUUCCGUUUCACGUGUGCCCUGCAAUGUAGAAGGGAUAAGUCCUGAAUUAGAAAAGGUAUACAUUAAAGAAAAUAAUGGGAAGGAGGAAGUGUCCAAGCCCUUGGAGAUCCCGGACGGUCGAAGAGCCCCACUCCCUGCUCACUACCGGAGCAGCAGCACUCGCAGCAUCAACACUCAGACCCCCUCUGUGCAGGAGCGCAGCAGUAGCUGUAGCAGCCAUUCACCCUGUGUCUCCCCCUUUUGUCCCCCCGAAUCCCAGGAUGGGAGCCCUUGCUCAACAGAAGAUUUACUCUAUGAUCGUGAUAGGUCUCGUCAGCCUAUCUCAGCCCCUCUCUUUUCCUGUCCUGACAAAAACAAGGUUAAUUUCAUCCCCACCGGAUCAGCUUUCUGUCCUGUAAAACUUGUAGGCCCUCUCUUACCUGCCUCCGACCUGAUGCUCAAGAACUCUCCUAAUUCAGGCCAGAGCUCAGCCUUGGCCACUCUGACCGUUGAGCAGCUCUCCUCCUGGGUUUCCUUUACGUCUCUUUCCGAUGACACCAGCUCGGUGGGCACCAUGGAGGCCUCCCUCCAACAGCCAUCCCAGCAGCAGCAGCUCCUGCAGGACCUGCAGGGCGAGGAGCACAUCUCUGCUCAGAACUAUGUGAUCAUCUAAAACCGAGGGGGAGCUGGCCUCUACCCUACCUUCAGGGAUUAGGAACUAGACCUCAGACAGCUUAUCUGCAUGGAGUGACAAACUUGCAGAACACCACCACCACCAACAGAAUACUUAUCAGCAUCAGAAAGU